AAAUAAAAUUGAAUUAAAUAUUAUAUGAAAUGACUAUUUAUAACAUUUAUAUAUUUGAUAAAUCAGGAAUUCUAUUAUACUAUCAAGAAUGGAAUAGAUUUAAACAAUCAGGAAUGACUAGAGAAGAGGAAGCUAAACUUAUGUAUGGUAUGCUUUUUUCGAUAAAAUCAUUCGUUAACAAAAUAUCACCAAUUGAUCCUAAAGAAGGAUUUUUAUUUUAUCGAACAUCUAAAUACACUCUCAAUUUCUUUGAAACACCAUCCGGACUGAAAUUUGUUCUAAACACUGACCCACAUAGUCUUGGAGUUAGAGAAAUUCUUCAACAAUUAUAUAGUCAAAUUUAUGUGGAGUAUGUAGUGAAGAAUCCACUUUGUAAACUAGGGCAACCAAUCGAAUCUGAACUAUUCAAGAUGAAAUUAGAUGCAUAUAUCAAACAACUUUCUAUAUAUCCAAUAAAAGUAGCUUAAGUAAAUAAAUAAUUUGUUAAA